CGCCGUUUUUUCCUGCCGUGAUGACAGAAACCAACGGUACCGGCAUAUGAGUCGCUCCUCUUGUCUCCUGCAUAUACCAAACCGGGCUGGACCUUCAGUGCAUGUUCAAAUAAAAACCUUUAGACCCCCUAAACACUGAAAAUACCUAUUUAAUACUUAUAGAUUCAGAAACUUUCAUGUCGGGCAUUAAUAGACAGAUAAAUCAUAUGAUGGAGACGGAGAUCCACGUGCCGGUUGGUUCACCGACGAUCAGAAAAUUCCCGAUAUUCGUGGACGAACAUAAUGUUACGGAAGGGGCGAUGAAGCUGAUUAAAGAGCUCAGACCAGGCUGGGACCCGAACCUGAUCCGUACUAAGCUUUUCACAGAUGGCACAACCAACAAACUGGUGGGUUGUUAUGUGGAGGAGUGCGACGAGGAUGUGGUGCUGGUGAGGGUGUACGGCAACAAGACGGAGCUGAUCGUGGACCGAGACAAUGAACUGAAGAGCUUCCAAGUUCUACACGCCAACGGCUGCGCACCUCGACUUUACUGCACCUUCCAGAAUGGCAUCUGCUACGAGUUCAUGCAAGGACGCGCUCUGGAUACUCAAGACGUCAGGGAUCCUGUGUUACUCAGACUGAUCGCGCGUGAAAUGGCCCGAAUUCACGCCAUCCACGCACACAAUGGCUGCAUCCCCAAACCCAACCUGUGGAUCAAAAUGCGCAAGUACUUCUCGCUAGUGGCCACGGAGUUCACUGACCAAGCCUCCAACGUCAGAAUUCAGCAGGAAGUGCCCAGUCAGGAAGUGCUUGAACAGGAAAUGAUGUGGAUGAAGGAACACCUGUCGCAGCUGGGCUCUCCUGUAGUGCUCUGUCACAAUGACCUGCUCUGCAAGAACAUCAUUCACAACGUAAAGGAAGGUCAUGUUCGGUUCAUCGAUUAUGAAUAUUCAAGUUACAACUAUCAAGCAUUUGACAUUGGAAAUCAUUUCAAUGAAUUUGCAGGCAUGAGUGAACCCGACUAUAACCUUUAUCCCAGUCGAGAGAUGCAGUUGGACUGGUUGCACACUUACCUGCAGGCCUACAAGCUCUUCACCAAGAAAGGUGAGGAGGUGAGCCAGAGUGAACUGGAGACGCUCUACGUACAAGUCAACAAAUUUGCUCUGGCCUCACAUUUCUUCUGGGGUUUCUGGGCCCUGAUCCAAGCCAAGUACUCCUCCAUCGAGUUUGACUUCCUCGGGUAUGCCGUGCUACGUUUCAAUCAGUACUUCAAGACCAAACCUGCAGUAACGGCCCUGGAGAUCCCCAAAUGAGACGUCAAGACUGAGGGGACAGCGCUGGUAUCUGUUGGCCUCAUCGUUGACCGUUUGACCAUUGAAUCAGAGGCCUUUUCAGUCAGGGGAGGGUAUGAGGUACAGCAGGGGUGAGCACUGGGACCUCUUAAGAUCGGUUGACAACUUGUCUGCCAAGUCUUAGUUCCACAAGUUCUUGAUUCCUUUUUCAACAACCAUGUUUCUCUUUGGGACUCCACAUCUAGUUGAUCAAGUUUCCCAUAAAAUGAGUGCAUAUUUAUGUUUUAAAUACACUUUAUUUAUUAAUUGUUAUAAGGCACUUGUUUUGCACCAAAGUAAGCAAGUAACACUUGCUUUGGAACUUCUUGUUAUGGGUUUUGCAGUGUGAGAGCCAUUGCAAACAUAUGCAGAAUGAUUUGCUGUGAAGGAGGCCUGUAGUGAUGUUUAGCGAGGAUAUUUGCUGAUUCUGCAGGCGUUGAUUAACAAGAACCGUCUUAGCCUGUGGCUUCAUAAUGCCUAACAGAUAUGGCCCACUUUUGCAAUGACAAAUGUG